AAGGGGACCGAGCUUCAGCUGUGACUUCCUCUGGCUGCGCUGGGUAAGUGCUCCCGUUAUUUGGACUGGGUUGAGAAAGGAAGGAGCCUUUGAGACAGCCAAGACCCCAUCUGCCUUCAAGUACCUUCUACCUGGCCAAAGAGAGGGUGAGAAGCCCCGGACACCUAACUCGGAGAGCGCCAUGUCCCUGCUCCUGCUGGUCGUCUCUGCCUUGCACAUCCUCAUUCUCAUCCUCCUCUUCGUGGCAACCCUAGACAAGUCAUGGUGGAUCCUUCCCGGGAACAACUCCCUGAACCUUUGGAAGGAAUGUGUGGCAUCCUCGAACCACUCGGAGGUCUGGGAAUGCAGAAACGUCAGCGAAAGCGGCUGGCUGCAGGCCGUCCAGGCCCUCAUGGUGCUGUCGCUCAUUUUCUGCUGCCUCUCCUUCAUGCUCUUCAUGUUCCAGCUGUACACCAUGAGGCGAGGGGGCCUCUUCUACGCCACCGGCCUGUGCCAGUUCUGCACCAGCGUGUCCGUGUUCGCCGGGGCCCUCAUCUACGCCAUGCACGUCAAGGAGAUUCACCAGGCCCGCCACACCAGGGGCUCCUUCGGCUACUGCUUCGCCCUAGCCUGGGUGGCCUUUCCCCUGGCGCUGGCCAGCGGCCUCAUCUACAUCCACCUGAGGAAACGAGAGUGAGGCCUCGCCGGCCGGCCGGCCAGCUCUCAACAGCGAGCCCUGCCAGGCCGGGGCCUGACCCUGCGAUCUCUGCUUCCUCCUGUGUCCACUGGGAGGGUAGGACGAUGCGGCCUCCUCUUUCCCUCUUCUCUUUCUUCUGGCCUGGCCCUUCUGCCCUGCGCUCCCUGCCCCGGACACUUGGUGCUUUGGGGUCCUUUCCAGGCUGACCGUUGGGCUGGGCCAGGAGUCAAGGCCUUGGUUCAGAUCUAGCCUCUGGCGCGUACUAGUUGUGAGACCCUGAGCAAGUCACCUAACCUGUUUGCCUCAGUGUCCCCAUCUGCAAAAUGGGGAUAAUAAUAGCACCCACCUCCCUGGAGGUUGUGCGAUCCAAGGAGACGUGUUAAAGUGCCUGGCACGGUGGCCAGCACACAGAAGGGGCUACUUAAAUGCUUCUUCCCUCCCUUCUCCGACGGCCUCUGCCCCGAGGUCCUUGCCAGGGCUCCGCCGAGGCCCAAAGGCCCGGGCAAGGGGCUUUAGUCCAUUCUGGCGACUUGCCUGGGAGAAGGCGAGACCUCUGGGGGUCAGUCCUGGCCAUCUCUACAAAUGGAGGGGGGCCGGGCCGGCGGAGGCCCCGGGCCCAGCUCAGACUAGCUCUAAACCUCAAGUGCAAUGAGACUCAACGCAGUACCAUACACGAGAUCUAAUCAGUUAAAGCGCUUUGUAACCUCUCAAGUAAACUUUGUCUACACCCGG